AUGCCUUUCACCGACGCAGUCUCCAGCGUUGCCAGCGGCCGCAACAGCAGAGCAAGCAACGUGUCUGGAGCCACUGGAGCCUCACGCUCUGUCCGCUCCCCUCCACCCAGCAUGCCCCCGAACGACACCCUGGCCAAUGCCGGCGUCCUCAGCAUGUUAAAGACAUCAACUGAUACCGGUGACAUUGGAGCUCUCUCGUUCAACAGCUCCCGCUUACCUUCCAUGCCACGAGCUACUCGCCAGAGGCGCGGCCACGCAUCCAGACCUUCUCAGCAUCACACUUCAGGCGUUUCAUCAAAUCACAGCUACGCACCAUCUCAGACUUCACGCAUCAGCUCACAAUGGGACAACGCCUCGACUCAACGUCGUGGCUCCCUUACCAGCAUGCAGAGCAUGCCGCCCUCUCUUCCACCGGUGCACGUCGGCAAGCCGUCGUUGGCAAUGAUGCCUCCCACGCCAGACAAUCCUCGCGACUCUCGCUCCUACUCGAUGACUUCUGCUCCGCCAGCUCAGCAGCUACCAAGACAUCGCUCGGCCACAAGCUUGAAGAGCCAGGGACACGAACCACGCCAGGGCAAUCGCAUGCCUCCAGGUCCUGUGCCACCAAUGCCAGAAAACAGACCUCCAUUCGUGUACCCGACCAGGCUCAAGCGACCAGGCUACAGAUCACCCUCUCCUGCCCUGAGCGACACCUACGCUCAUGGCCCUCCACCUGGGCUUCCGCAUAUGCCUAGGAGAGCACCUGGCCAAGGCCCUUUACCUCCACCGCAAGCCUACGCUGGCUACCACCCUGACUUCCCAGGCGGCUACCCUCAGGAUCCAAGUCUGCUGAACGUGCGCCCGCAACCUCGAGCCGUCAACAACUCGCCCGGUCCAGCAUACGCUCCAAAUCCGUACCAGUACAGACAAGGUUCAAUGCGUAAUAUGCCACCUCCAGGCAUGCCACACGGAAUGCCUCAGCCGAUGAUGGGUAUGCCACAGCAGCCAAUGCAACCGUCGCCAGGCCAUUAUCAGUCACGCGUGCCUUAUCCGCCAGGACCUCAGUAUGGUCCACCAAGACCUGGUUAUGCGCCGUACCCGCAUGUCCCGCAUGUCCCGCACGGUGGACAUCGUGGCCCACCCAUGCCCAACGUUGCUCCCAUGGCACAUCAAAUGUUCCACAAUGCCGCUCGCAUGGCGAGAACAGUGCCUCAUCGUACUGAUACACCCAUGACUGACACUGGUCCGCCAUCGUCGGACCCACCAUCCUCUGGAUCAGCGCCUGACUCGUCCAGCCCGCCGACUCCAAAAGAUCACACAACUAUCCAAGUUGUCGUCGAUCCGGCUUUCAUCAAUCCAGACUUGGUUGACCUGCCUGACUCUUCCAGCGAGCCAGUCUUGCCAGCGAAAUACUUUGACUAUGCCGAUGGGCUGGAAAAGCCGAUUCAUGAGCCCGACAUGGAAGUGGCACACCCUUCGGUACCACCAUCUGGCUUCGUGCAGCGCGUCAAAGCAAUGCUGGAGUCGAAAGCGGCUGCGGAGGCUGCAGCGAUGAACGAAUUGGAGAAAGGCUCUCGGCAGGACAAUAUCUACGAGCUGGAUGUCGACCACGAUCCUGAGGAUAUCUCUGAACUGGCUGACUUGCAUGAGCUCGCUGCGAACGAAACUCCUCGCUUCACGAUCAUUGAAGAGUUUGAGGCUCCAGUCGAAUUGCCAGCAUCGCUGGUGAAGGUUGCUGAACUGGAGGCCGUCGAGGCUUCCCAGAGGCAGUCAACCCAACGCCUCACACGAGACCUCGUCAAGGCCGAGCUUGGGCCAUCGAGCGCUGAUACUACGAUGCAACAUUACCUGCCUGACGACACUACCACCAACCUCAUCGUGACCAUGCAGCAAAAGCAUGAGAGAGAGAUGCCCCUGGCCAUUGAUUACGGCAAUGAACAGAGACAAGACGGCAAGAUCCCUUCUCCUUCUUCGCAUGAGCAGGCUGAGGUCCAGAGACAAAAUUCAGUGAGCGACACUGCCACGACUGCAUCUGACGAAGGCUCAAUUCCAAGCGGUGUGGGCUAUGCAAUGCGGUUUUCGGGCCCUGUGGACACGACGGUGGCUUCCGACGAGACUCAGUCGAAGGACCCGUUUGCUCUUGAUGCCGACACAAUCACCAUUCAGCAGCAACAAGCCAGAGAAGCAUCGCGAUCAGAGACGAGGCAUGAUGUGAAGGUGCCAACAACUCCAGAGCCGCCCAGAAACCAUGAGCAUGAUAACGUGAUGGAGCGAACACCAAUCAGUCCUCUUCGCUCAGACGAGGAGACGAACCAUCGGACUUCCGCGGUCAGUCCACUUCACACGGAGACUCUGGGAAUUGAUGAGACGCUUCGCCUUGCCGCCGACGACAGGACUGAGAUCACCGGUAUCGAUGAGCAGUCAGAGCCAGAGUCCUCACAGCCAGAGGAUACGAUGCCUCCUCCUACGCCACGUACUCCCAAGACUUACUCGAAAUCAGUUCAGAUCCAACCAAGCGUUACCAUUACCGAUAGCAACAGCACAGGUACCAACCGCUUCUCACUGCCAGGCGAUCUUUCUACCGUCGGCGACACUACUCUGAACAGCGCCUCGGAGAUGGUCACUGAUGUGGCUGUCCGUUUUUCGCUGCCUCAGACGACGGUCACGGUUGGGAGACCUCAGAUCGUCGACGUCUCGAACAGCUCCACGCCGGACAAGCCCAAGAUUGAGCUGACGGCGUUCCAGAAGCAACACGCUGAUCUCAGAGCAGUGCGGCGCAGUUCAGUCACCUUUGCAGAUGAGAUCGCUCCACUGAACAUCACAAAGAAGGCAGAGCCACACCGACCACUGCCGCCUAGCAGUGAAGCAUCUGCCAACAAGGGCAAGUCUAUCAUUCGCAAGCCCUCCCCACGCGAUGAUACCAUGGAGACAAUCAGGGGACCACGCGACAACAUCACAGAUCUACGAUUCUCGGGCACCAACAACACCAAUGCUGGCGGACCUCGCUUUGGCAGUACACAUCUCCCUGGCCUGAAGGAAGAGUCGGUCGAAGACAUGAUCAUCUCGGACCACAAACGCUCAUCGCACCACGAUCAGUUCCCACUGCCAGCACGUAUUGCUGCCGUCAAGGCAAUGCAAGAGCGUCGGCUUCAAGAGUCUGCCGACAAGGCCAAGGCUAGACGUCAGGCCCGUCAACACAAUCGACCACUCGCCGACACGAGAGACUUGCCAUCGCUGAACUUCAGCCGCAUCGAUCUGAUCGACAGACUUAACGAAGCACUCGAAAUUCGACCUGCCAAGUCGAUGGACCUUGUUCGUCGUCGCGACUAUCCUGGCAUUUACUGCCCAUCUCCUAAACGCCCUCAAAGCACUGAGCCACUCAGGGAGCGGUAUACGUCCUUCUUCAGCAAGCCUGAUGAGUUCAGCAGCUUCAUGUUGGAAGAGGCAGGCCACAGCGAUGAGGAAUUGGAGCCUGAGCCGGAGACCGAGAAAGCUCUUGUGCCAGCACUGCAAAUCCAGGAGACUACCGAAGUCGAGGGUGUCGAGCCUGCCAAACGCCCACUGUCGCCAGAAGACUUCCUGGACUUUGCUUCGCAGGUUCAACGUUUGUCAGUGCCUACUGUCACGCCAUUGACAGAUCGCCUGUCUGAACUCAUACCUGGACUGAGAAAUCUGUCGAACCUGCAGCUGGACAGUUUGUUUGCCUCCGCACACGAUGGCCUCGACGGCCAAAAUGGCGAGUUGGGCAGACCAGAUACGGUCAUGACGAACCGUACCUCUGCAGGCUUCCGGACUCUCGCUGAGCGGGCCGAAGAGAUUGUCAAGAACGGCACGCACGAUUCAAUGGCGCAGCUUGCUAGAUCUCUGGGCCUGAACAAGGAGUUGCCACCACUCCCUGAGUCGGCUUCCGCAGGCAAAGUUUCGUCUUCGGUCAGCUCUCCUGAUGGAAAGCAUUCAUACCUCAGUGGUUCUGCUUCCGCGCCCUCGGACCUGGGCAAGGACCUGACUCGGCCAAUGUCUGCUCUACUUCGAGCGAAGGUGCCCACGACUGAGGAAGAGGUUGCCAAGAUGCUUCCAAAAGAGAUGAACCCGAUCACUCGCAACGCGAAGCGUUCUGUGGUGCUGUCGCAGCCAAGCAGCAGGCCUUGGAACUUGGAUGAGAACUACCCUUGGGCUGAGAACAAAGUCGACAUUGACCUUAUGGUGCCGUCGAAAGCUCACACACGCAAUUCCUUCGCCAGUGAGGUUCUUCGAGAGCGUCGCACCAAGUCACUGGAUCUCCCUGCCGAGCCCACUGAGAAUACGAAAGGUAUCGACAUUGGCUCUAUCACCACUUCGCAUCUUCCUUCCUCGCCUGGCUCCAUCACCACCGAGCAACUCACUGGCAUUACCCCGAAGCAUGUCCGUAAGCUGUCGAAACGUUCUAUUAUGGGUAGCAUCUCCAAGAAGUUUGGACUUGGAGGUCGUGACAAUGCCGCUGCUGACGAAGACACCACGACCAAAACCUUGCCAAAGUCACCCCUCCCUCGACGUGCUUCCACGCACCAGAGUCACAUGCCUGGAGAUCGAUAUCCUACGAGCAGUCUCACUCCCCCGGCUGGCCUCAACCUCGAUGAAGUGCGCUCUUUCUUCUCAGCUUCGUCUGAUGAGCGUGAUCGCACGCGGUCAUUCAGGAAGACUCUCUUCAAGGGCAAGAACAGAGCCGUACCGGUGGAGCAAGGUCGCAAUCACUCGUUUGAUGGCAACACUGCCUACGACGCUGGAUCCCUGGCAGAAGCACGCCUUGGCGCCGACAGCCGUGCAAGAACGUACGAUGGCAUUGGCAUGAGCAAGACUGAGUUCCACCUCAAGAAGUUUGGCCAGAAGCUUCGAUAUCUGCUCGCUCGUGGAGGAGAGCUCGUCCGUUCGUUGAGCACGAGAUCGACUAGGAAGAAGGAGAUUCGGCCAAAUGAGGACUUUUUGUCUGACUCAUUGUACUCGGGUGCGUGA